UCGUCUUAGCGUUCCAGCUACUUUGACAAUGGCUGCUGGCGGUGUGAGUUUGUUUGCCCGUUUACCCAUCUGCGGUCAGCGAAGUCAAGUCCUGCGUCCAAUCCACAGGCUUCUCAGUGGCCCAGGAACUGUGGCCGCAGACCCCAGGAGAGAAGAGCAGUCCUUGGGGAUCGCGGAGACAGGCUCUGAAGACAGGACUCCCAAAAAGAGAUUCUCUGAGGUGCAAAAAGAAAGACGAGAACAGGCACAGCGGACUGUUCUAAUACUUUGCCCAAAUAAAAUCAGUGAAAAAAAGUUUCUCAAGUAUUUAUCCCAACAUGGACCUAUUAAUAAUCAUUUCUUCUUUGAAAGUUUUGGUCUUUAUGCUGUCGUAGAAUUUUGUCAAAAGGACAGCGUAGCUUCACUGCAGAGUGUGACUCGUAUUCUGAGCGUGGGCACAGAGGCCGCGAUUCCAUUCAGGUCACGUUUCUUCAAUUUAAAGUUGAAGAAUCCAGCCAGCCAGACUUCUGAGCAGUCAGAUAUACCAUGCAGUAGCCAGUCGCCUCCCUCAAACAAGAAGCUUUUCGAAUUACUUUGUAAUGCCGAGAGUGUGGACGAUCAGCUGAACACUCUGUUGAAGGAGUUCCAGCUGACGGAGGAGAAUGCGAAGCUGCGCUACCUCACCUGUUCGCUCAUCGAAGACAUAGCAGCUGCGUAUUUUCCGCACUGUGAAGUCAGACCCUUUGGCUCUUCUGUGAAUGGUUUUGGGAAAUUAGGAUGUGAUUUGGACAUGCUUUUGGACCUAGAUGAAAUUGGAAAAUCCAGUGCUCACAAGAACUCAGGAAACUUUCUGAUGGAAUUUCAAGUGAAAAGUGCUGCUUCAGAAAGAAUUGCAACUCAGAAGAUCCUGUCUGUGAUAGGAGAAUGCCUUGACCACUUUGGCCCUGGUUGUGUGGGUGUACAAAAAAUACUGAAUGCUCGGUGUCCGCUAGUGAGGUUCUCACACCAGGCCUCUGGAUUUCAGUGUGAUUUGACUGCUAACAAUAGGAUUGCCUUGAAGAGUUCUGAACUCCUGUAUAUAUACAGUGCCCUGGACUCACGAGUGAGAGCCUUGGUGUUCAGUAUCCGGUGCUGGGCUCGAGCACAUUCUUUAACGAGUAGUAUUCCUGGUGCGUGGGUCACAAAUUUCUCCCUGACGAUGAUGGUCAUCUUCUUUCUCCAGCGGAGAUCACCUCCUGUUCUUCCAACACUGGACUACUUAAAAACCCUAGCAGAUGCAGAAGAUAAAUGUAUAAUAGAAGGCCACAACUGUACAUUUACUUGUGACUUGAAUAGAAUUAAACCUUCAGAAAAUACAGAAACACUAGAAUUAUUACUAAAGGAAUUUUUUGAAUAUUUUGGAAAUUUUGCUUUCAAUAAAAAUUCCAUAAAUGUUCGACAGGGAAGGGAACAGAACAAACCUGAAUCUUCUCCACUGCACAUUCAGAAUCCUUUUGAAACUUCUCUCAACAUCAGCAAAAAUGUAAGCCAAAGCCAGCUGCAAAAAUUUGUAGAUCUGGCCAGAGAAAGUGCCUGGAUUUUACAUCAGGAAGAUAAAGAUCACCCUUCCCCAGCAAGUCAUCAGCCAUGGGGGCUGGCAGCCCUGCUGCUGCCUUCUGUCACAAACAGCGUGUCUCAUGCCAAGAAGAAAAGGAAGAAGCCUGCAAGCGAAAGGGUUAAAAACUUGUUGGAGUCCAUAAAAAGUAGCGGUACAGAAAAUUCCACAAACACCAGUGGGAAAAGAACAGUUAGUACUCAGGCAUAAUGGCUACUGCUUGGCUUUGAGAGCUGGUUGCAUCCUAGAAAAUGCCUGGUGGAGUUUUCACAAAGCUCAACUUUCACCUGAUGUCUCCUCUUUUCGUGAUCUUUGAUCUUCUCUUUGGGUCCUUGAUCUGGUCUCAAGUUCUGGGACAUUUUCAGGCUGAUGAGGCUACGACACAGGCACUUUAUUAAAACAUCAGCUACAAGGAACAGGUGAAUGAAGAUUGAAAUGUACUUUAAUAGAUACACUGUACAAAGCAAACGGUAAAAAAUUAGUUUUAGAAUCAUUGUCGACACCUUUGUCAGUCCCUAGGUAUGUACAGGUACAGUCGAUAAAUGCAAUAAAGCUUCACAUUUUGGUAAUACUCUUUAGUAUGUAUUUCUGUAUUCUGUAAGCAAAGUGCUUUUAUUCACAUAUAAACUAAAAGGGGUUGGUAAUGAUUUUGAAAAAAUUGUUCAUGUUUUUAAAAGAUGAAUGCAGACAUGUAAGUCACUAUGUUCUGGGUAUUCUGUGCCAUAUUGGUACAUUGUAUUUUAAAUAGUUUUUCUGUUUUAAAAAUUAAAGCCCUAUUACUAUUAAUCUGUAAUAUUGCUGGUAUCUCCUCACUUCUCUUUUGAAAACUUCUUUAUUUUCUGUAGGAAAUAGAUGUGUUGAAAUAUAAUUCCAUUACAUUUCCUAUGAAGUAACUUUCAUUUUAAGAAGCAAAAGUGUGGUGUUUGAAAACUCGGACUUGAGCUAGGUGGGCUUCUUGGUAAAUUACUUGGUGCCCGUGGGCUCCCAGUUGUUCAUGUGUAAAUGGGAUAAUGGUGCCCACUGCACAGCUUCUUGUGAAGACCAGGUGAGGUACGUAUGUCUUGAGCGUGGCAUGUAGUACUUGGUACUUCUCUUUAGCUAUUCCUUUUUUGUGUUUGUGGUAUGUGAUUACUAUUCUUGACUACUCAGAAUUCAGAUUUAGAGUGGGUAGUAGUUUUCAAAAUAGUUUCCCAUGUAAAUUUUCAGUCACAAACUAUAAUGAGCUCUGCUUUGGAUGUUUUGGGAAACUAAUAGAAUUGUUAUGAGGCAAAUAAGUUCUGUGUAUAGCCAACUUCUGAAACCAACAAAUAAGUAUCACUAUUCUUUUUAUAAGUGGUGUCUUCAAAAGCCAUUUUUCACUCAUUCUUUAAUUAGGUUUAUUUUGUUGGGCUAGAAACCUGUAUUAAGAAUUAAAGAGAGGUUUUAAAAGCAUAAGUAUUUAACAGCUUCUAAAUGAGGUGAUUUUUUUUCUUUUUUUGGACAUUUUUCUCUUAGAUUGGUGUUAAGUCUAAAAUGGUCAUAUAAGUGCAUGAAAUGUAUGUAUGUGUUAGCAUUUUCUUUUUCAUAAUUUGUAGAAU